CACUGGCAGGAAGAAAAGAGUUUUGUUGUUCCAGAAGGGAGUCUCAACUAUUUUCGAACGAUCAAACAAUAUAUCUGGGAUUUGUACUGGUUGGCCGUCGACAUCAACAAGGGGCACGGAAUGUUCAGAGUACUCAUCACACCAUUCUCACCACGGGGAGAGAUGUCUCCACAUAAACAAGAAGCGCGAUGGAACCCGGUGAACUCUGGCAUUUUAAAUUCGCCAAGGAGCAUUCACCACUCCGAUCAGCAAGGCCAUGUAAUCCUGGAGUCUACCCCUGGCCCAUUGUAUGCACAUCAACGACGGUUAUCUGGUCAAUCUCCAUCACUUCCAAAUUCAGCAGCCAGAACACGGCCUGUGACGUCUCACAGGCAACACGAAAAUUCAACUAUGAAUAAUUCAGCUCGUUUAGACUCUGGACUUCGGCGGAACUCUUUCGAGCCAAAUCAUGCUGCUCAUGAAGCUGGUAGCCAACAGAGUCAACGACCCCAUUCCUUGCCAUCAAGUAGUCCUCACAUGGGUAGUACACGAACUACACGAGACCAAGCAAUGUUGCGCGAACGGGCGAGCGCAUAUCUUAUCGAUCGACGAGACCUCGAGCUUCUAAGCCAGGAAUCGACUGUACUUGAUAAGCUACCCUACAAAACCGGUGCCGAGGUAUGUGGUGUUGUCGUUGACAGACGGAGCGGAAAAGGAAUGGUUGCAAUUACCGGAAAAGGAUACAUUACCCUGAACGUCAAAACUGGACCUGACGAGUCCGGCGAUCGAUACCAAGAUAUCGCAGUUCAACCUAAGCAGACUUGCAUGCUUCAUGGAGAAGCAGUGGUGUUAUUUUACAAGCGCAGACAGAUUCAACCGGAGCCUCCACCUCAGCCACCACCAUUUCCAUCCGAGAAUCACAGCCAGCUCCAACGGCCAAGCACAGCAUCAGACGUCGACAUCAUCAUCAGACUCCAGAUGGAUGGAAGCGGAAAAUACAGCCCGGCAUUUGACAAAUCGGUGCUACGCCCGAACCGCAUUACAACAAUAGAAUUCUUCUCCUGGUUCGCGAGCCAAAGUGGUCAUUGCCCACCUCAGGGGCCACCGUAUCUCAAAUUCACGUUCAAGGAUGCGAUGCCGGCUCCAACGUCGACGGAGAUUGUGAGGGGAAAUGAAGAUCACUUUAAUUACAUGAGGAAGGAUAUCAAGAUUCAGUGUGAGAAGGCGAAGAAGUAUAUGGCAGAUGUGAAGGAAUUUGUUAUUUUGGUUACGGUGCCGGGGUGGAACACCAUUGACGAAGAGGAGGAGUGGUGAUUGGGGAUGUGUCUUGUGACAAUUUCUUCACCCUCUAUGUCGAAGAUCCAAGUCGACCACACACUCCCUAGAAGUGAAAGCGGUACGAGAGAUUCAAUCCCUGGAUAGCUGUCGCGCGAUCAAGGUUCGGCAAUAUUCGGCCUUUUUCGGCACCAAGUCUACCACCUACACCUGGAUGAACAAGGCUCAAAGCCUUAUGCUCUACACCAGUAACCGCAAGUGGAAAUUUCCGACACUGCGAUGUCCGGUUCAAGCCGCUGAUGUGUAUCACGAGUCUAAAGCAACGGCAUCUGCAGUCCCA